AGAAAAAUGUAAGUAGAUUUUCUCCCACUUUUUAUAUUUAAGCAAAUCUCUUUCUUACAGGUAGCAGUAUCAGAUGUGCAGUUCGGCCCCAUGAGAUUUCAUCAAGCUCAACUUCAGGUACUUUUAGUGUUUACCAAGGAAGAUAACCAGUGCAGUGGAUUCUACAGGGCAUGUGAAAGAGCUGGGUUUAAAUGUACAGUCACCAAGGAGGCACAGGCUGUCCUUGCCUGUUUCCUGGAUAAACUCCAUGACAUCAUCAUCAUAGACCACAGAAAUCCCCAACAACUGGAUGCAGAAGCACUAUGCAGGUCUAUCAGAGCAUCAAAACUCUCAGAAAACACGGUUAUUGUUGGUGUAGUACAAAGGAUGGACAAGGAAGAGUUGUCUUUAAUGCCCUUCAUUGCUGCUGGCUUCACACGGAGGUAUAUAGAAAACCCCAGUAUCAUGGCCUGUUACAACGAACUGCUCCAGUUGGCGUUUGGAGAGGUGCGAUCACAGCUCAAACUCAGGGCUUGUAACUCAAUAUUUACUGCAUUAGAGAGGAGUCAAGAAGCAAUUGAAAUUACAAGUGAAGACCACAUUAUACAGUAUGCAAAUCCUGCAUUUGAAACAACAAUGGGCUACCAAUCAGGUGAAUUAAUAGGGAAGGAGUUAGCACAAGUGCCCAUAAAUGAAAAAAAAGGUGACUUGCUUGAUGCCAUAAACUCAUGCAUCAAGAUAGGCAAGGAGUGGCAAGGAGUUUACCAUACCCAAAAGAAAAAUGGAGAUAAUAUACAACAGAACGUGAAGAUAAUACCUGUCACUGGGCAGGGAGGAAAAAUCAGGCACUAUGUGUCCAUUAUCAGAGUGUGCAAUGAUAACAAUAAGGUUGAGAAAGUAUCUGAUGGUGUUCUGACCGACAGUCAAACAGAUAAUCAGUCAGGCAAACAUAAAGACAGGAGGAAAAGCUCAGUGGACAUGAAGGCUGUUGCUUCUCGAGCAAGUGAAGUUUCCAACCAGAGGAGAAAUUCCUCCUUGGCCCGGGUACAUUCAAUGAUGAUUGAGGCACCCAUCAACAAGGUAAUCAGUAUUAUCAGUGCUGCCCAGGAGAACAGUCCUAUGCCUGUGAUAGAAGCCUUGAACCGUGUGCUGGAAAUUCUGAGAACCACUGAGUUAUAUUCACCACAGUUUAAUACUGAAGAAGAUGAUCCUCAUGCCGUCAACCUCGUAGGGGGCUUAAUGUCUGACGGUUUACGAAGAUUUUCAGGAACUGAGUAUGUUCUUUCAACAAAAAACAUUCAGCAGGCUUCAAGCAGUAUGAUCAUCCCCCUCUCCCUUCAUGAUAUUCCACCUCGGAUUGCCCUGGCCAUAGAAAAUGAAGAAUAUUGGGACUUUGACAUUUUUGAGCUAGAGGCUGCCACCCAAAAUAGGCCUUUGAUUUAUCUAGGUCUCAAAACAUUUGCUCGCUUUGGAAUCUGUGAAUUCUUACAGUGCUCCGAGUCAACAUUGAGAUCGUGGUUCCAAAUUAUUGAAGCCAAUUAUCAUUCUUCUAACCCUUACCACAAUUCUACACAUUCUGCAGAUGUGCUUCACGCCACUGCCUAUUUCCUUUCCAGGGACAAAAUAAAGGAAACUUUAGAUCCAAUUGAUGAGGUUGCUGCCCUCAUCGCUGCCACCAUUCACGAUGUGGAUCACCCUGGGAGAACCAACUCGUUCCUUUGCAAUGCAGGAAGUGAGCUGGCCAUUUUAUACAAUGACACUGCUGUGCUGGAGAGCCACCAUGCAGCCCUGGCCUUCCAGCUGACUCUUGAAAAUGACAAGUGCAAUAUCUUUAAAAACAUGGAGAGGAAUGAGUACCGGACCCUACGCCAGGGUAUUAUUGACAUGGUCCUAGCCACAGAAAUGACAAAGCAUUUUGAACAUGUCAACAAGUUUAUCAACAGUAUCAACAAGCCCUUGACAACACUAAAAGAAAAAGAGGAAAUUGGCAAAGACCAAGGAGCUAUAAGUGCUAUGCUCAAGACUCCAGAGAACCGGGCUCUCAUCAAACGAAUGAUGAUCAAGUGUGCCGAUGUGUCCAAUCCCUGCCGGCCCCUGGAGUACUGCAUCGAGUGGGCUGCACGCAUUUCAGAAGAAUAUUUUUCUCAGACUGAUGAAGAGAAGCAGCUGGACUUGCCUGUAGUGAUGCCAGUUUUCGACAGAAACACCUGCAGCAUCCCCAAAUCUCAAAUCUCUUUCAUUGACUACUUCAUCACAAACAUGUUUUACGCCUGGCAUGCCUUUGUGAACCUGCCUAUUUUAAUGCAGCACUUGGAUGAUAACUACAAGUACUGGAAAGGACUGGAUGAAAAGAAGCUGCGGAGCCUCCGACCCCCUCCAGAAUAGCAUGGGGCACACAUCUGGCCUAAGGCUUACUCUCCUGUCCUUUGCAGUUUCUGAGCACAGCUGGAGUUUCUCCAUCCUUUCAGUGUUAGGCAGAUCUGUCCCCUUAUCUGCAGAGCCUGUGAAAGCGCAUGGGGACAUCAGCCUUCUGUGUCUAUCAUUUGAUGCCAUAGCAUGAGCCUACUGCAAAGGCUCCUUAGAACAGCACCUAAGAAUCCCAGUUUGCAUCAACUUUGUGUUGCCACAGGCCUGGGAACCCUGGGAGCAGAGGUGGUCCAUGGCUUUCCUGCCUGGGAAACUGCAAACCAUUUCUCCUAGUUCCUUCAGCACUCAGAAGAGCCAUGGCAAUCAGAUCUGUAGCAACUUUCUUCACAUCAUAGACGGUGCAGUCACUCACUUUGGAACACUACUGAAAGUGAAGUCUCUUAAAAUUGAGUAGCUAAUGAGACAAAGAAAUUUUGAGGUUGAUUAUUACCAAUUAUUAAAUGUUUUAUUUAUUUUAUUAGAAGUUCAAUAUUUUCUAUGAAUUUAAAAACACUUCAAAGCCAAAGUCAACUCCAAAUGCCACAACCAAAUUUACGUGACUCAUAUUCAUUAUAUACAUGACUUGGUGUACAGACUUAUUUUCAUAAUGCAGAUUUAAAAUAUACAGUUAUACAUUUUUAUUACACUAUAGAAAUAUUUGUGUUUCUGCCGGGUGUGGUGGCGCACACCUAUAGUCCCAGCACUUGGGAGGCAGAGGCAGGCAGAUCUCUGUGAGUUCAAGGCCAGCUGGGGCUACAGGGAGACCCUGCUUCAAAAAGAAAAAAAGAAAAAGAAAUAUUUGUGUAUCUUAAGCUUUCCUCUUUGACACUAAUGGGAAAGCUGUUUGCUGGCGGCUCUCACUCUAGAGCGCUGACAGAAGCCGCUUCUGCUUGCAGAGCCUGGCUCUGACACAGCAUCUGUCAGCUGAUGAGUUCUGCAGAGAAAAAUUAGAAUUUGACCAUUUUUUCCCUAAAAUUUUGUAAAUGAAUUUCUAAGAGCCUGCCUUAUUUUAUACUGUUUCUAUAAAAUAUGACCUACAAAACCAAAGAGCAAACCUGAAAUAUUUAAUGAUUGCUAUUUUAUAACCAAUGUGUUUUCAUCUGCCAUGGGAGUCUUUGAUUCUAGAAAUUUAUAAAGAUUCUAUAUCUUCACAUUUUGAGUAAGCAUAAUACUUAUAUAAAAAUGGCUUAAUGAAAUGUCAAAGUGUUGGUUUCAUUUUAAACUUGUAUUUUUUCCAGAUAAAAAUGAAAUUAAACUAUUGUUUUUAAGAA